CUGAAUUUGUUCUUAUCCGCCACUGAGCCCCAAUACUUCCUUCCAUUUCUUUUUAUCUUAAAAACUCGGACCUCGUCCUCAGAUAUUAAUUUGACGUCGUCGCCUAGCUUCUUCGUAUCUCACAUUCGCCGCCGUGGAGAUUUUCGUUAUUUUCAGGGAGAUGAGAUGUUUGGGGGCAGAGCUCUCCGCCGGUUGCUAAGAGAGAGACUUCAAUCACAAAACACUGUAUCUCCAGUUUUGUCAUCUUUUAUUUCUAAGAAAGGGCAGGAAGCAGUUGGAUCUGCCACUGCUAAGUCCUGGAGGGUAUUGGCUCUAUGUGGGGCAGGUGUCUCAGGGUUGUUAAGUUAUGCAACAAUAGCAUCUUGUGAUGAGGCUGAACAUGGUUUGGAGGCUGCCACCUAUCCUUGGCCACACAGUGGCAUUCUAAACUCAUAUGACCAUGCUUUGAUUCGGCGUGGUCACCAGGUGUAUCAACAAGUGUGUGCCUCCUGCCAUUCAAUGUCCUUAAUUUCAUUCCGCGACUUGGUAGGUGUUGCAUAUACAGAAGAAGAAACUAAAGCUAUGGCUGCUGAGAUUGAGGUAGUUGAUGGGCCAAAUGAUGAGGGAGAGAUGUUUACUCGUCCUGGCAAGCUCAGUGACCGGUUUCCUCAGCCAUAUGCAAAUGAACAAGCAGCUGGGUUUGCUAAUGGUGGCUCUUAUCCUCCUGAUUUAAGUCUUAUAACCAAAAUUGGUGAAGGAUUGCAUUAUAACCCUUACUUCCCUGGUGGAGCUAUUGCUAUGCCAAAAAUGCUUAAUGAUGGUGCCCUUGAGUAUGAGAAGCUCAGGGGGGAUUUUAGUGCUGAUGAUGUGGCAGAGGAGUUUGUGGCUGGGCUAUGGCUGAGCUAUUGGUUAUCCACUUCCUAUCGUGGAUGCUCUUACUAGAGAAAAGAUUUCUGCUCUUACUAGAGAAAAGAUUUCUUGGUUUUUUCCAGCUGCUAAUGGAAACUGUUAUUGUUUGAAUUGCUGUAUGAAAAAUGAGAGAUAUAGAGAACGAGAUGCCUGAAAGUGCAAUUCCGUGUAAUAACCUAAUAAUACUAUUUUUCUCAGUUACUCAUUCAAAGAAUUUCAUUACUUGAGCAAAA